AUGGAGAAGGACUUCCAAGACAUCCAGCAGCUAGACUCUGAGGGAAAUGACCACCACCUCAGUGAUGAGGAGGAGGAAGGGCAGAAUCCCAGGACAAAAAAUCCAAUUUGGAAAGGACGACUUCCUUCCCAGGCCCUUCCACAGCACCUCUGUUCCAGGCUCCAUCUCAGUCUGCUCUCUCUGGGCUUCAACAUCCUGCUACUGGUGGCCAUCUGGGUGAUUGGGUCCCAAAGCAUAAAGCUGCAGGCAGAGGUGCAGACCCUGAAAGAAACUUUCAGCAACUUUUCCUCCAGCACUUUGAUGGAAGUCCAAGCUCUGACCUCUCAUGGAGGGCGUGCAGGCGAAAAGUUGACAACCCUGGCAGCCAAGCUGGAGAAACAGCAGCAGGAUCUAAAAACAGAUCACUCCACCUUGCACCUUCACUUGAAGCACUUCCCAAUGGAUCUGCGCACCUUAGCUUGUCAGAUGGCAUUCUUCAGGAGUAAUGGCACAGAAUGCUGCCCCGUUAACUGGGUGUCACAUGAGGGCAGCUGCUAUUGGUUUUCUCGUGCUGGGUUAACUUGGGCUGAGGCGGAUAAAUAUUGCCAACUGGAGAAUGCUCACCUCCUCGUCAUCAACUCCUGGGAGGAGCAGAAAUUCAUUACCCAGCACAUGGGCCCAUUUCAUACCUGGAUAGGUCUCACAGACAGUGAUGGCUCCUGGAAGUGGGUGGACGGAACUGACUACAGAAGCAACUACAAGAACUGGGCGUUCACUCAGCCAGACAACUGGCAGGGCCAUGAGCUGGGUGGGAAUGAAGACUGUGUUGAAGUUUUGUCAGAUGGCCAGUGGAAUGACAACUUCUGCCAGCAGGUGAACCGCUGGGCAUGUGAAAGGCAUCAGAAUAUCACCUACUAGGAACGCUGUUCCAGCAUGUCUCCACCUGAUGGUGCACCCUGCCACUGUGCCACUGGACAUUGCAAAGGAGGGACGA